AAGUAAAAAGUGCGUGAAUUGAAUUAUAUUGAAUUGGUUUUAAUUGAUAAAUAAAUAGCAAUAUAAAGACUUGUAUUUCGAAGUUAAUAAUAUGUCUUCUGCUGUGCGCUCAUAUAUUUCAACUAUGUUAGCCGAUAAUGAAUUACGUUUGCGAGAUUUUGAAGAAGAGACCGAUGAUACCGACUCUGAGACUGAAUUACUCAUACGCCAUAGUAGUUAUUUACCUCGUCAGCAAGCAGCUCACGCAACAAGAGCACCAUCGUCAAAUCGUCGUUACAGUCGUCUCACGAGCGAACACCAUAACAGCAACAGCAACAGCAACAGCAAUAAUCAUAAUCGGCGCACAACAGCCGCACAAGCAGCUACAACCGCAACAAGCUUUUUCAGUAAUCUUUUUAGCGGCAAAGCGAAUAGACUUGACCGGUCUGUAACCGGACAAGUACGUCUCAGAAAUGAACGUAGUCGUGAGCGUGCAAGAUACAAUAGUAAUACGUCGACGGAAAAAAAGAACGCUAACAUUAAACUGGCGCAAACAGCAAACACGUAUCGGAGUACCGUGGGAUCGGGUGACUAUAUCGGUUCAAUGGAUGGUGAUGUAAUAAGUGCAACGAGCAGUGCUGUUGCCUCCGCGAACAGUGAAAACAGUAAUGUCGGGUUACAAACAAUAAGCGAUCCUGAAAAUGGUGCAACAACAGUGUUCUAUCAAAAAAAUCGACGUCGCAGCAAACAGAGAUCGCUGGGAAAUAUAUGCAAAUUCUGCCUAUGCAGGUAA